AUGAUAUAUGGAUUCGUUGAUAACUUGAUCGAAAUGGGUUAUUAUAGAGAGGAUAUUCAUUUGGAUAAGGUUCAUUUUACACAAAACCUUUCAUCAGUUCUUUCGGAUCCAAAACAAUCGCGUUAUGAAACACAAGUGUUUUUUACGAGACAUUGGGGUGAUUCUUUUAUUGUAAAGAAUAAUAUUGCUGCAUCACCGUUAAUCCCUUCAAUAACAGCGGAACAUUUUAAAAAUUAUCUUAAUACAAUUGCAAAUAAACGUCAAAAUUGUCUGAAAGUCAAGAAUAAUUUUUGGCUUACAUAUAACAGAUAUGAACAGAACAGAACUGAUGUUGAUGACGUUCCUACGAUUCUCCUUAAUCCUUAUUUUUCUUUGGCUGAUCCCGAAACAUUCGAUUCUAUAUUUCUUGAGCCAAAGCAGUCUGAACCGGACUGCUUACUUGUUAACGGUACUUCUGCAGAGACUAGUCAACUUAGUAUCUGCUUACAUGAUCGUACAGAUGAGCGAAUAUCGCAGUUAAUUGAACCAUUUCGCACUGAGGAUGGUCGACGAUUUCGUUCAUACCAUACUUUGCAACAACGACUGGAAAGUUAUCAUGAUUUAGUUGACAGCCGUCUUAAUAACCAAUUAGCAUCCAAAUCGAACGCUUUUUGGAAAACUGUAGUAUCUUAUAGCGGUCUUCAUAGUGAGCUCGCCGAUGCAAUUAAUAAGAUUUUGGUUGUUCGAAAGAGUUUACAAUUAGUGAACGAGAAAAUAUGUGGUGGAAUGAUGAAAAUUGUAGAAUUAUAUAAAAACCGACAAAGAAAUGAACAAUUACUUCAUAAAUUGCAGGAUAUGGCUUGUCUGCGAGCUGCUCAAACAACUGUACAAAUGCUUUUAAAUCAAAGUGAUUUCCCCAAGGCUUUGGAAUGUAUCGAAACUGCUCAAGAUGUUUUGGCAUCGGAUCUUCGAGGUGUUUUAUGUUUUAGGCAUCUUAAUUCUCAACUGCAAGAAUUACGUAAGAUGAUUGACAAAGUACUCCAUGAAGAAUUUAUAGCUUUAAUAACCAAGGAAUUGGGGCGAUCAUGUGAAACAGAAGCCGAUGCUUCAUAUCAAGGAGUAAGCCUUGCAUUAUAUUCAUUAAUUUUUUUUUCGUCAUCAGCUGUUGAAAUCCAAAUUUUAAAAUCUCAUGUGAUUAUUAAUGAUGCCGAUCGAGCUGCGGCAGGAUUGGAUUCAUCUUCUGGUAAUUUAAAUAUUCAGAUAUGUUCCUUGAAUUUCGAUGAGUGGUUUUCUGCAUUUGACCAUGUUCUUCGUGUAUCCUAUUAUAAAUGUCGACGUAUGUUGAGUCUACAGAAAUUGCUUAUUGAAAAUAUUGAUCGAUAUCAAAAAUUAAAUAAACCAAUUACAGUGGAACCAAAUUGUGAUUCUAACGAUGAUGCGAAAAUAUUAGAUGUCUCAAAUAUGUUCGAUGAUAUUGAUGAAAUAGAUACAAAAAUUGGUGAAAUCCCGCUUAAUUUACAAUGCACAACAGAUGGGCGAAACUCACAACCAGAUAAUCUGAGCGAAACGUCUAAUGUUCUGGAUUCUCCUGAAGAAUCAAAAAAGUUUAUCCGCAGUGCUAUUUCAACUCCUUUAGCUAUUUUAUCGAUGCCUUGCAGGAAUCUAUCUCAGGUACGGCAGUCCUUGAAUUUGCUUGCGGAAUAUACGGCAAACUGUGCUGAAGAAAGAAUUUGUAAAUUGUUGGUAGCUAGAUCAAAGGAUGGCUCUUUGGAAUGCUUAUCUGUUGCUGAAUUCCAGAAGAUUCUUUAUGUUGUUAAUGAUUUUAUCGAAAAAUGUCGGAGUUUAGUGAAUGCGAAUGAAAGCUAUUAUUCUCCGUUGCGUCUCUGCAUUGUGCAACGGAGCAGCUCUUUCAUAAAGAAAUUUCAUGAGGAUCGAAGGAUAAAACUUGGCAUCAUUCUUGAUUCUGAAAAUUGGCGAGCAAAUGACGUUCCUGAACAUUUUGUGCGGCUUGUUAACGAAGCAUUAAGGAUAGGUAAACUCCGAGACAUACCGAAUUUUGGAGACCAGCAGCCUCAGUCCAAACAGCAACUUAUAAUUAAUGGAGAAAACUUUGUGGUUGUUAGUACAGCACUCAUUCUUUUGCAAAUGAUGGGACAGUAUUGCGAUAUUUUGGAAGUACUUCCCGAUUUCGCCAUCGAUUUAUUGAUGUGUCUUGUAGAACUUUUGAAGAAUUAUAAUAGCCGCAGUUGUCAGUUGAUUUUGGGCGCUGGUGCCCUUCAACUUAUUGGCUUAAAAUCGAUUAGCGUUCGACAUCUUGCAUUAUCAUCACGUUCUCUGCAACUAAUUUUACUGUUCAUUCCUUAUGUUAAGGCACAAUUCAAUUCAUAUCUUGACGCGAGCAGAAGUAAUCAUUUCCGUUAUUUGGAUCAGAUUAUGAAGGAUUAUAGUAACCAUAUACAGGAAAUUUUGAAUAAGCUGAUUGGUGUUAUAGACCAUCAUUUAGUUGUACAGCUGCAGUCGUGGGAGGUGAAAGCUGUAGUACCUUCUCCAGCAUUUAUGCAGAUUUUUAAGCAUUUGAAGAGGUUCUAUAACGGUCUCGUGGGUGUUAUGCCGGAAGCUGUAAUUAAGGAAUUAUUCCUUCGUGUGCAUGAAAAUUUCAAAAGAAAUUUGAAGGAAUACCUAGAUGAAGUAGGCAUCACACCGCAUGAUUCUCUAACAUAUGGCUUGGUCAGUCAAGAAUAUUUGUAUUAUUUAAAGAGCUUGCAGUCAUUAGGCUGUUGUUGCGAUUUCAAGGAUGAAUCCAUUAGCGAAGCUCUUUACGGCCAUAAAAUUGAAAAAUAUCGACAUUUGUAA